CAACUGGCGGAAUAUGUCGCGAAGCUCUUGAGACGACAGCCUCGUUUGUACUGCUUCACGAUGCUCGUCUUCAAGGGGCAGGCUCGCGUCGUGCGUUGGGACAGGGCGGGCGCCAUCGUGUCCACUCCUAUCGACUUCGAGAAAGACCCGUCGUCGCUCCACCGGGUGAUCUGGCGGUACGCCUGCAUGACCGAGGCGCAGCGCGGCUUUGACCCGACGGUGAGACGGGCUACAGAGGAAGAGGUCAAGAAGAUG